AUGCCCUCCGCAAUGUUGUCAGCUGUGCUUGAAGAGGAGCCAGAUCUGUAUGAGGCAUUCCCUCCCCAUGUUGACCCCACAGGCAUUACUAUCCUGACUGAAAGUCCACCAGGCAAGAAGGCGCCCCUCAAGACCUUCGAGGAAGUCCAGCCGUUACUCCAGCAAGGCCGCAAGCGCGAGCUCAAGCUACUCAUCAGAGAAAACUCUUGGCCAAUCAACAGUCCCGUGCGCGCUUCACUCUGGCCCGCGCUGUGCCGUCAACAUCAACAUGGCAAGUCUAUGCUCGACGGAUUCUACUGGGAUAUGGUUACACAGUUCAGUGAUUUUGAGUUCAUAGUCACUCUAGAGGAGAUCUCGGGAACCUCAACCUCAUGUUCAACUGUGGAAUUUUGA